GAGACGGAGAAAGCAGCCCGAUAUCUGAGAAAAUAUUUUGAGAUCGAAGGGGUCUUAUAUAAGAAGUCGAUGGUCGGACCCCACCUGCGAUGCGUUUCCGAGGAAGAAGGGGAUCAUGUCUUGAGGGAGAUCUAUGAGGGGUGUUGCGGAGCGCAUAUAGGAUCGCGAGCCCUGGCUGGCAAAGCCCUUCGAGCAGGCUAUUAUUGGCCCAAGAUCCGGAAAGCAGUCGAACGAUUGGUACAAGUUUGCGACAAAUGCCAGCGCCAUGGUCGAAUCCCCCACAUUCCAGCCGAGGCCAUGACAACGAUCAACUGUCCAAUCCCUUUUGCUCAAUGGGGAAUCGAUUUGGUAGGCCCAUUACUGAUGGGAACAGAGCAAAGGAAAUUCAUGGUGGUCGCCAUCGACUACUUUAGUAAAUGGGUGGAGGCAGAGCCUUUGGCGAAAAUCACCGAGGACAAGAUGAUACAAUUCCUGUUCAACAAUAUUUGCUGUCGAUUCGGGAUCCCAAAGAUCUUGAUUUCAGAUAAUGGAACACAAUUCCAAGGGAAGCGGAUCCAAGCAUGGUGUGUCGACAUGGGGAUCAAGCAGCGAUUUGCCUCAGUUGCGCACCCACAGGCAAAUGGCAAAGUCGAAGUAACAAACAGAACCAUCUUGCAGGGACUAAAGAAGAGAUUGGAAAAAGCAUCUGGUUCCUGGGUCGACGAGCUGACGACGGUCCUAUGGGCUUAUAGGACGACUCCGAGGAGUUCGACAGGACAAUCACCAUUCCACAUGGUUUAUGGAAUGGAAGCUCUAUUGCCCAUCGAAGUCGGCUUGGAAUCUCACAGGUCGACAUUCUAUGAGGAAAAGAACAAUGAAGAGUUAGCAAAGGGAGCCCUCGACAUGAUAGAAGAGAUGCGAGAGGAAGCCUGGUUGCGAUCCGUGGAGUAUAAGCAAAAGAUGCGUGCAACCUUCGACAAGAAAGUCCGAGCCAGGCGUUUUCAAGUAGGAGACCUCGUCUUAAAACGAGCCGACGCUCUCAAGCAUGUUGGGAAACUGGAAGCUAACUGGGAAGGGCCAUACACAGUCACAAGGCUCGAUACGAUGGGUCGUCAAAUUGCAGAUCUGUCCGCGAAGAUUGGGGACAUACGUCUAACUAUCCGUACCAUGUUUUGGGACAAGAAAACGUACCGUGACACCGAAAACUGGGGCGUGUACGGGGGAAUUCACGGUGGACGUGGAGGCCGUGGUCUAGACGGAGCGCCCCGCUGGAGAUCUCCACAACCACCGUCCGGCGACGAAGACGGCGAAGAGAUAGUCUCGGAGGUGAAUUCCUUCAAUGAUUUUUCACCCCCGCACGUCGAGGCUGACCCCUUCGCUGCAUAUGGCAGCCGUGACAUGCAGCGACGGGGCCCGGUCUUCGUGGACGGCGAUGAUCAACACGUCGACAGAGGCAAGCGCGAGGAAGCUGCCAUCGUCGGCGGAUAUCGUGCCCGACGCGAUUGGGAAUUUGAUCGUAAUUAUGGUCGAUGGGAGGGCCCUUUUCGUGUAGAAAUCUCCGAAUUCGACGAAGAGCAAGUUGACGGGCCAUUGUACGAUGGUCCGCCUGUGUUUGAUGAAGGACCCGAGGAGGUGGAAGAGCGUUUUACCGAUGAAGUGGGCCGUCUCUACAACGGUCUGCAGAUUUUCGAUGAGGAGCCUCUGGGGCUAGAGGAAUUCUAUCAUGUUUCGGGUAUUAAGAUUCAGUUGUUGGAAGAAUUGGUAGUUCUUCUAUUAUGCAGGCCCAAGCUUUUCUCCCACGGAAAUUUGUUGCGACCUUGCAAACAGAUGUUGUUUUAUUGUCCCCACGGUGACUUCAAUAUUAUGUGUGUGGAUGUUGCAUAUAUAUCUUUCCAUGAAUUUCAAGGGGGUGAUACCAUGGAA